ACAUCUUGAUUAAUUCUCUCAAUCUCUCGAAAUAUCGAACCAGCGGUACAGACAAGAAAUCUAUUUUAUCAAAUAUUGGCAUAGUUCCUUUCAUACUUACUGACAUAUAACGUAAAUAGACCACAGAAUAUUUGUCUCUGUAAAAUUUUUGUCAAGAAUGAUGUCACUGCAUAUUACUCAGUGCAAGUAAGUGCGAGUUUAUAGACAAACAGUGAUAUUUUCACUGAUUAUUUGCCGAAUCAGUCUCGUUGUGUGUCAUGCAUUGAAAGAAGUAAAAAGUGAUUUGGAUUAUAUUUAUUCCAUUUAUAAGGAGCAGAAAACUUUGUUAUUGGAUGCAAUUAUUUCAGAUAAUUUGGGGAAUGUGAAUCAUGCUGCUGCUUCAAAUAAUUACUUUGUUUGUUGCGCUUAUCUCUGCUGUGAGAUCCAGCGACAUAACGCCUGCUGUAUUUGGCAAUGUAUUGGACGGCAUGCCUGCAGCUUUUGGCGAUUUUAAUUCUGAUGAAUUAACAGAUGUAUUCAUGUUGCGCAAGGAUGGCCGAACAGUGGAAAUAUUUCUGGCAAACGAACAAGAACCUUUGUUACGACCAGCACCUGAUUUGAAUUGUUCAUUCAAAGAUCAUAUAACCAGCAUAGUACCAGGUGAUUUUGAUGGUGACGUCUUUAUGGAUAUUUUGGUGACAACCUUCAAUAAAUCCCACGUACGUGAACUCACUUAUGCGUAUAUACUGUGGGGCGGAAAUGGCCACCUUAAUUGUAGCGAUGAGUUGAAACCAUUGAUAAAAAUGCGCGAUCAGCCUUUGGCAUUGGAUUACAAUCAAGACAUGAUAAUUGAUCUCUUCGGUGUGGACGAGCAUGGUAGAAGAGUGUUCUGGGUAUUUAAUGAGAACAGAACCACUCCACGUGUCAUUGAGAUGGAAGAUGAAUCAAACUCAUUAGAGCGCGUGAGACAACCGCACUCGAACGCUUUUCUAGAUCUAAAUAGUGAUUUCCUGUCAGAUCUCGUGGUGACCACAAACACAUAUUUUGAGAUAUGGCUAGGUAGAGAAACAGGAUUUGAAUUUUCCCAUAAAAUCGAGCUACCAUACAAUAUCUCAGUUGAUAAAAACUUCAAGGGAGAAUUCGGACAGACUUUGUACUUGGAUGUCGACCUGACCGGCAAGAUGGCUCUUCUCUUGCCAUUGUGCUUUGAUGAGGACUGUACCAGUUGCACUAUAAUGAUGUACUUAAAUGGCUGGCAUAACUUGCAAGUGAACUUCCGGGAUCCUAACAACGUACUUUGGGGUUUUGUGAAGCCGAAUGGUCAGCGUUACACGGAGACUAUUACUCUACGCGGUGGUGACUUCAAUAUGGAUGGCUAUCCGGAUCUCUUGGCGACCUUGCAAUCUUCCGCAAAACAGCCGCAAGCGUUUCUGUUGCAAAAUGUCGUAUGCAAGAACUGCGUCGGUUACAAUCGUACCUUCGAUAUCAAGUGGCAGGCGUUAAAUCCAUUUUACAACAAGACAUCAAUGGCAGUGUUCUAUGAUUUCUACCAAGACGGCAUCUUGGAUGUAAUCCUGGUAGAGAAGACGAGCAAUGUCUAUCACACCGCAGCGUUCAAGAACAGUUUGGAUUACGACGCCAAUUUCGUCAAGGUGAUGGUGCUCACUGGACGUACCAACAGCAUGUAUCCCAUCUCGCCAGGCUCACUCGGCAAGAAAAAGAGAACUUACGGCACCAAUCUACCUGGACCGUCGAUUGCGUAUAAAACCACCACACAGGACGGUAGCCCUCGCAAUGCAAUUGCCGCACAGCUGCCACAGAGUGCGCAUUUCUCGCUUAAUUUGCCGUACACCACCUUCGGUUUAGGAAGAACACCUAACUUCGUAGACACUCUUACGAUAGGGGUUGGCGGUAAGUCACGCGAAUGGCCACAGAUCAUUCCGAACUCUCAAAUGGUCGUGAUACCAAAUCCGAUUGCCGAGCCGUCGAGAUGGAAGGCUCAGCUCUUCGUUACACCCAGCAAGUUGAUUUUAUUAAGCGCGGCUGCCUUAACAGGCACCUGCUGCUUGAUCACAACCAUCAUUCUCGCGUUAUAUUGGAAGGAGAGGAGAGAAGAUAAGAUUGAGAAGCUGCAGGAAGCGCAUAGGUUCCAUUUCGAUGCUAUGUAAAGAUGGAAGGGAGACGGAAAGGAAAUAUUACGUAAUUAAUUUUUAAUUAAGAUAUCCGUUUUCAUUGAUAUAUAAUUAUUUAAUAAAUAAAUCGCGUUUAUACACUAUCCUACUCAAUCUCGAAUAAAUUCUCAUGGUCGCUAUUUCGCGACUCUGACAGCGGACGAUACACGCGUCUUUCCACCAAUUGCAGAAUUUUCACUUUCGAAGAACUUGUGCUGUCAGAGAGAGUAAAAUUAACAAUUUAUUAAUUCUUCCUUGUCACUUUUAUUUUUUAUAUAAAACAACGAGACUCAUCAGUGUCUUGUUUCACCUC